AUGACGACUGGUGUGCUGCUGUUGCUGCUGCUGCUGCUGCCGGUCCUGGUGAUGGUGGUGGUGCUGCUGCUCAUGCUGCUGGUGCUGGAGCUGGGGCUGGUGCUGGUCAUUACGGUGGAUAUCCGCGAAGCGCUGCUGCGGGUGGUGCUGGGGGUGGUGGUGGUGGUGGUGGUCUUGGUCCCGGUUCUGGCUCCGGUGCUUCUCACGUUGCUGGUCGUAGCUCUCAGCGUGUUGGCGAUCUGGGUCAUCUGGGUGACCGUUUGGGUGCCGAUGCUGCAGAUAUUGCUGGUUAUCCUGCGACUUAGCCACGUCACCCUGACGUGGGCUCCACGUCUGCGGCUGCGGCUGCGGCGGCCCAGGCCCAGGCCCAGGCGGUGUGAGGAGGAAGAAGCCCUAAAGGGCUGCGCGGCACUGGUGCUGCUUGAGCCACGGCUGUCUGGCGCUGCAAAACGUGUUGUGGCGGUGGCCCGCAUGGUGAUAUGA